AUGCCAGAGCCUCGUCGCUCCGGUCGUCAACGCAAGGUCAACCCGCGAUAUGCCAACGGCGGCUGGGACAAGGACACUUUACGUCGUCUGCGGGCCGACUCCGAGUCAUCUGGUUCGUCCCCUGCUGAGGAGUCGAUAUCGUCGGACUCGGACGAGGGUGACGCGGCGAAGCAUGUAUCCGCCCAGGAAGAAGACGACGUAUCUCUUGCCUCUGUUGCCUCGAUACAAUCGUCAGAUGUUGAGACACCAGAUCAGGGGAAUGAUGAAGAUGGGAAUGUAAAUUCGACGUCCGACGAGAAUAUACCAAGCCGUAAACGACGAGGUCAGCCGUCACGCCCGCGCUCUGCACCUGCGGCUGAACUGACCCGCUCGCGCGGCUUACAACCUCCCUCUCAACUUGGAAAGAGAGCAGCAUAUGCUAACAUUUUUGGUCCCGAGAUUGACGACCUGUUUGAGGUUCUGAUCGCCAGGGAUACUUGGCUCAAGGGACAGGACAUCACGGUCCCUAGCCGCCAAACGCUGUUCACUGCCAUUCAACAGAUAGACGAUUUCGAGCAAAGCAACAAUGCGAGCAGUGAGGAAUCACCCCCAAAAAAAGAGGAUGCCUUCGCGGUGGAAUCCUUGUUUGAGACGGUCCAUACCCGUCAAGUUCUGAAGGUAAUUGACCUGGAGGCUAUUUACGAGAAGUACCUGCUCCAUCGAGUUCCAGAGCAUUCGGUUGUUCUUGGGCCAUGGGGGAAGCAAACUAAGUUUGGUAUUGAUUAUCUGUCCUCGUUGGACACAAGAAAAGCGUGGCUGGAUGACGGUACGACCGAGGGCGUUGUGACCUCGCACACCGGAGAACAGCCCGCCCAAGCGAGUUAUCAUCAAGCCUGGCUCAUAAAUGUCGGAGAGAAAGUACAGUGUCUCGCGUGGGCUGUGGGAACCCAUUCCGUACAGUAUCUUGCUGUAGCUGUCAAAUGCACCUCGUCCCAGAGGCGAAUGGUCCCCUCCGAGAAGGAACGUGAACGUCCGGCAUUUCAUCCCUCACCAGCUUAUCCAACCAGCAUACAAAUCUGGGCCUUUCAUACCAGACCGACCGAUAUUGAAAAAAUCCGAAAACUGGCGAUAGACGAGGAGCCGAGCUUGGUGAUGGUGAUUGGUACCGAAUGGGGCAAUGUUCGCCAGCUCAAGUGGUGUCAACUUGAACCAGCUGACGACACCAACCAGAGGGACUCCGUCAAUCCAACUAUCGGUCUUCUUGCGGCUGUCUCAAGCGACGGUCAUGCUCGCAUUAUUGCCGUGCCGCGUCCCAAAGAUCGCAAAAAGGGGAUCCCAGUCACUCUCCGAGUCGAAAGGGCUGGCUUCGAUAUCCCCCCUCUUGCAGACACUAUCUUCACUACGCUGGAAUUCGCCGACCCUACGAAUCUCCUACUUGGUACCGCCGACGGGUUUCUCUAUUGCUUCGAUUUGACCGAACUGGAGAGUCAAGAGGGUCUCCCGAAGUGCUACAUGAAACGACAGCUCCACCACACGUACGUUCUUUCGGUCUGUGCGGGAGCGCCUGGUGCGCAAUCCACGUUCCUGGCCAGCACUUCGGCUUCAGGUGACCUUGCUCUGACAGACCUGCGAAGCCCAGAACAUGACCAAGUGCACGUCCCUCGUCCUAGCUUCCCAACGCGAGAUCUGAUAUACGCUCCCUUCACACGCUCCUUCAUUGCAGUUCUCGACCGGAGCGGAAACACCCAGGUAGAGAGGAACGCCGCGACGUUCCUGGUCUGCCACCACAUCCGGCAGUUCCCGAAUCUGUCCAAGAUUGCGAAACUGCCACACGACACGGGAGCUACGACGGCCCUGGCUGGUUCCCAAUGGCACCCGUGCAUUCUCGUCGGUAACGCCAAGGGUCAAGUCCUGGCGACGAACUAUCUCCGAAAGGUGCUCCCUUACCGCAAAACGGACCCCAAAAAGGCCGUGGGGGCAUACCUGCAAAAGAUCUGCGAGUAUGAUUGGCGACCGCUCACGGCACAGGAGCAACACAGAGAGACAAACCCGUCAUCACCAUCAGUUGCCAACUCAAGCGAAGCAGGGAAAGAGGAAGAAGCAACAACCGACAUCUACCACGGGCACGACACCCGUCCAGGCGUGUCCCGCUUCCACGAGGGCUUCAAGCCGGAAAAAAUUGAAGUCGCCUAUUCGCUGCCCACUGUGAAGAAGUCGUCGAGGCCUCGAAAGACCCCCGUCGGAGGCACAGGGGCCGGUGAGGCCGUCUUUGAAGAAGAGCAGGCCGUUACUGCACUCGCAUGGAGCCCCAAUGCAGCUUGUGCCGGCGUCGCGGCCAUGGGAUGGGGCAGCGGCAUCGUGCGCGUGCAGGAUCUGGCAUACGAUAUGCCUCCGUCGUGA